AUGAGGACGCGCUUCCUCGCCACCGAUUACUUCGCGCCGUCAUCUUCCUCCUCCUCCUCCUCCGGCCAAGCACUAGUCCUAGAGUGCUUCAGCUUCCCCUCUCUCACCAUCCCCGCCCUUCCUCCCGAUCCCCACUUCCUCCCGUUCACCACCGUUGCCGAACUCCCCGCCGCCACCGUCGCCAGCGAUGGCCUUGACUAUCUCCCCAUCGCCUCCGCGCUCUCCGACUUCCUCGCCGCAGUUAUCCCGCAGGCCCUGCCUGUGCCUAUUGUGCCCUCAGCCGGCGAGGUAUUGGACGAUUUCCUGUACGACAGGGUCGGAGAUGGCGAGGGUUUAAACUCAUGGGAGUCUACUGCAUUCGAGGCAAGUGAAAAGUGAACUUUCUAAGGAUAUGGCGUGAUCAACUGCGAGAAGGAUGAAAAGGCAGACGGCUCUAGAUCAGAAGGUCCAGAGAUUUCCACAGUUAUGAAGAGGUGGGGACCAUUGAAGGAGAUUAGAUUUGAGGUUGUAGAGGUGGAUCUCCUAACGGCUUUGCAAGAAGACAUUGCAUCCUUUGGUGAGGAGUCAUCUGGUGGUGGUGUCACAUUGUUGUUUCGUGUUCCAGAUAUGAAAAUCCAUUUGGAUUUCAUUGAUAUUGACACCGACACAAAAAUAAGAUAUCAAUCUGAUCUUGCAGAGUCAGUGUAUCAAGUAGAAAAAAUCCCUUUAAAAGACAAUGAUGGUGAGGAACGUUCUUCUAUGAGAGAUUUUUGCUGCUUGGAAAUUGCAGCACUAGAUCAUGGUGUAGCAAUACCUCGAUUGGAAGCAAGUAGGAAUUCCUGGGAGCUUGAUGAUUGUCUGGCUGAGACUGACAGAUCCAAUGUUUUCCAUAAUGUUGUUAGACACUUGGAUGAAGCACACAUUCAGCAUCCAGUGUUCAAAUCAACUGAGUUCUUGAGAUCAGCUGAUAUGGACAUGCUAACCUUUGUUUGUGGAGAUGUGCCAUACCAUGACAUUCAAGUAGAUAAACCAACAACAGUCAAAGCUGCAGUAGAAAUGGAUCUUGUGAGGAUCAAUGAUAAUAUUUUGCUUGAAAAAAAUUCAGAACUCUACCCCCUCAAGCCUGAUGGCACUUGUUCAGACUUGCCUUGCUCCAUUCAUUUAGAGGAGAUGCAGAUCAUUGAUUUUCCUUCAGAUGAUGUAUUCAAAAUGCUUGUUCAGUCAGAGACAGCUAAGAUGAAUAUAUCUGAUGAAAUAUUCAAAGAUGAUUUUGAUCCCGCAAGACGCUUGUAUGAAUUAAUGGUUAGCUCUGAGUUAGCGCUGGUUGAUGAUACAUUUAGAUCACUUCCUACACCUAUCUUAAAUGAUGAUAUAGCAGUUAGGUCUAUGGUCCCUCCCAUACAAGAAAUAUUAUGCUCCCUGAAACCACACCCUCUAUCAGCAACUGAUGGAAUUUAUUUGGAUUGGCAUCUCUUAUUGGAAGAACCAUGCAACCGGGAGAUUUGCUGUUCGUAUGCAAGCAUGGUUGAGGAGGUAAAAGCUUGCCUUUUAAGUUUUGAGCUGCAAAGGAGCUGUCAGGGGACAUUAGUAUUUGACAGUGAUUUUCUGUUGGAGUUUCAAAGAAGUUCAAAGCUUCAAGAUGUGGAUAAAUUUAACAAUAUUUAUAUUCCUGCCCCUCUGUCUCAUGAUCCGCAAAAAUUGGAAGCAACUCAAAAAUGCGUAAAAGAAGGUGGUACUAGAAGCCGUAGUAACAUGGAAGAAGUGAAUCCAGAAAAGUCAUCUUCCUUCCCUCAGUCAAUCUCACAGUCCAAUGACCUAAAUUUCUACUUCAAUGUCAGAAGUGGCUCUAGGAGAGAAACCAAUUAUGAUAAUACUUCAAGUUUAGACAUCCCACCUUCAAAAGAGCAAGCAUUCUCCUUUUCAACAAGGGAUAAAGUUGACAAACUCAUAGAAAUUCAUCCUGUCAACCCCUCAAAUCUUAUCCGAGGCCUUAUAGAACAAAUCCAUGCAAGCUAUACAUCUGCUUUGCAAGAAAGCACAUAUUGGAGGCAUUCUUUCUCAGAUGGACAAUGUUUAGGAAUUUCAAAGCAUAAGCUUCUUGAAUUGAUAACUGGAGAAGGUUCAGAAGGCUUGCAUAAUGACUGUGAACACAAAGAUAAGAUGGAACUCAUUGUACUGUAUGCAUUAAAGCAGGUUGCGUAUUACCUAUGUUUCUUUGGUCUGCAUGCUGCCAAUUUGUACAUUAGCAACCUGACUGGAAGCUUUGAAAGCACUCCUGAGAGGUUAAAACAUAUUCAAUGUUCCAUUUCUGAAGCACAGACGAAAUCUGAGAAGCAACUGCUUGAAUCUCAUCCGUCAUUGUCAUACAUUGAGACGAUCCUGAGAUCUAAUAAACAAACUGGCCUUAAGAUUCUUAUAGUUGCUGAUAGAGCUUUCUGGUUGCCACUGGGUCAAAAGCUAACUUCCAUGAAGAUGACAUUUGUUGAGUUUGGAAAAAACCCUGCAAAAACUUACGUGGAUCUUGUGAACAAGACAAACUCUACAACUUGGGUCCUGGAAGAAUUACUGAAAUCAGACUGCAUUCUGCUAGAUAACAAGAACAUUCCAGCUUCAUUCCCUUUUGAUGAGUUUGGCAUCAUACUGGAAUAUGGAGGUCCGAAUAAAUCAUCUACCUUGUUAUCUCUUGCUCCUAAAUUAGAUGGCUUGCCACCUCUGCAUUUUCUCUAUGUCAAAGUUGAUAGCAAGGACUUUCCAGUUGCACUAGUCGAGGACAACCAUAAAGACCAGGAUUUGAAAUCCACAUUGGAAAAAGUUUUGCUUACACUUCAGAAAGACUUGCAGGAGAAGAUGAAUAAAAUGCGUAUUGUUGAUUCAUUAAACUUUAUACCAGCAACGAAUCAACUGCAAGGUCUUCAAGAAAAAGUGAGCAAACAUUUUGCUGCUGAUUUCAGAAAAGAACUGCUUCCAGAUGAUCAAUGGCACGGAUUGCAAAAUCUCAAAAAGAAGAAUACUUCUGAUUCACAUAACUUUGUUCUUGCUGAUGAACAGCAACACAUACAUCAAACAAUGAGUAAUAGACCUGUUGUCAAUUCAGAAAACUGUGUACCAGCAGUUGAGAAGAGUAGCUCUACUUCUUCUGUAUCUGCCACUGUACUGAAAGACCCCCAAGAGAAUCAAUCAACUACUGACUUACCUUACAGUGCAAAAAAUGGUAGCAUAAUGACAGGACGAUUGUCCGUCCCAGAGGUGGUGAUAGUUGUAAAUACUGUAAAUCAUGGAAAAACGAUGCUUGUUUCCCGAAGAUCAUCUUAUCAGCAGAUAUUAGCUCUGGAGAAAGGAGGAAUGCAUGUUGUGGAGCGAGAUAUUGAUCUGCCUGUGGACAUAAUACUCAGUUCUGCGGUUUGCCUAGUAUGGUAUGAGACCAUGCUCUUUGAGUCCAAUGAACCAACAACAUCAGAAGAGACAUCGGGUAUAAAUUUUUUUGUAGAGAGUAUUGCAACCAACAUUCUGAUGUCAGUUAGUUUCUCUUUCACUGGCUGCAUAAUGGUCUUUGAGGGAGAAGCUCACUUCCUUUCUGCUGUAAUGGACUCAUCUGAUUCGCUGUAUGCUGCAGCUGCUAGUUUGGACAUGAACUUGCAGCUGUUCUUCUCACACACACCCAAGCUAACAGAUGAAAUAAUUCACAAUUGCAUUAUGAAUGUGACUAGCUUGAAUAAAGCUCCUUCUGCAGAUGUACCUGAAUCAGAAACCCUGGCUGAAUCAUUUCUCACAAGUUUCCCUUCCAUCAAUCCCUUGUCUGCAUACAUGAUACUUUCUUCUGGAGACAGCCUUGUGGAGUUCCUCAGUUGGCCACAUGAGCGUCGGAUUCAGAAAGUUGAAAAGUAUCUUUUAUCUCCAAAGAUCAUUUCCCUAUUUAAUGCUUUGUGCAAAUUUGGUGAGUUAGGUGAAUCAAGGUCUGUAAUGACUGAGUGCUCUUCAGUCGAUUCAGAUAUCAGUAGUGCAUUGCUGCAGUCUCCGAGGAAAAGGAAAAAGCGUGCCUCCCAGGCUUUUGCAGUACCAACUAGUGAUCUCUUUUCUGAAUCUCUUAACCAAAUGCCUGGUGACUAUGCAGAACAUGCCGAGGUAUUCACACCUUCUAAGUUGAGGAAGUUCUGUGACAUGGAUAAUGCAAUCCGUGAGCUCCCAGAUGUCUUUACAUUCGAUCAAAGUUUGAAUAUGGGAAGUGAUGGAUUCUCUUAUCAACAAAAGAAGCAUGGUGUGGAUGCAAUACCUGGCAAUCAUAUCAUUGAUGAUGAUUUCAGCAAUGGAUUGACCCCAAAUAUUCGAGCAUAUAAUAGGAGUGACAAUAUGGUGGACACAUUCAACUUUCCCUGCGAACCUGAAUUUGGUGGUAAGCAUCACACUUCUCCCACAAACAGACCAUCUUUCAGCAGAACUCACAGCAAUCCAGUAUUUUCAACUGCAUUAGAGAUCAACGGUGAUCCUGGCGAGCGGAACAUUUCAGGAGGUACUAAACAAACAUGGAAGGGUCUUGCACAUGGAGGUAUUGCAGAUGACUCCUACAGAUAUGAUAUGGAUAGCAAAUAUCAGGAAACAAGAGAUGAAAUUGUGCAACCUCCAGCAAGUUCGCUUGCUUUGCAGAAACUAGAAUUUGGCAGUCAUGCAACUUCACAAGGGUCAUGCUGGGAAAUUGAUUAUCUAAGGCAAAUGAGUGCAAAGAGAAAAGCACGUCAGGAGAGAUCAAGAUGUAAUAAUUCGGCUAUGUCGAACCCAAGAAUGUGGGAUGGCAACUCAAAGAUUCUAAGUCCACCUAUAGAAUCCUUCAGAUACCGAGAUAGAGACACUCCUUCGAGGGACCAGAGUCCUUCAAUUGGGACUCAACACUAUGGGAAAGGCAAGGAAGGAGCUAAAACACAUAAUCGCAGAGCAAGGAAGGAUUUCAAUGUACAACCAACUAUAACCCACAAAAAGAGGAUAGAACCGUCUAUUGAUCCAACAUGGACUCCUAUUGACAAGAGAGCAAGACAGAAACUUUCAUUUGUUACAUAUGGGAAGGAAAAACAAAGCAAGCUGGUCUGGCGAAACCAGAACAGCCCUGGUGUUGGGUGUGGCUUCCGGAAAAGAUUCGGGGAGGAAGGUACGUAGAUUAUCAUGUCAGGUCAGAUAAGCUCCCUCUGCCCUGUUUCCUCAAAUGUAAGUCGUCGAUGAUUUAAUUGGUAAAGAUAUGCCUAACUUACGUAAAAAAAGUGACAUUACACAAAGCUUGCUCAUACAUUCAAAAGGACUGGAGGCCACGUUAAAUAAUGUAGUGAUUUACACAUGUUGAAACAUUUGGAAAAACUUCAAGAGUCGCAAGACAUCUCGUAGAGGAUUUUGAGCG